CUUUACAUUCAAGACACAUUGGUUGACAUUUCACUCUUACGUCACGUUAUUACGCCUUUUCUUUUCCAAACCUGUGUAAGUGUAAAAGUAGCGUAAAAACUCGAUAAAAAUCGGGUUCAAAUUAUUCAAAUUUGUCGCAGAGUUUAAUGUUAUUUGCCUUUUCCGUUUACUUUUAUCGCGUAUCUCUUGUUUCGAGAUUUACCUUUACAAUAGUUUCAGAAAUCUAAAUCGUAUUCAAUUAAUCAUCUUUGGGGUUCUAUCGUAGUUUGGUGCUUAAAAUUUGUUGGAAACACAUACAAAAGUUUGUUUUAACGUUUUUCAUAAAUAAAUACAAAUUUUCAUAGAUUAAAUCACCAUUACUAUUUACUAUUGUUAACUAAUUUUUUCAACGUACAAUGACACUACUAUGGCACACCCAUUUUAUAACGAUCGUCAAUGGGUCCUUAAACGAGAAUAAAAAUUGACUUUUUUAUUUAUUAAUUAAAAAAAUCCCAACAUUGCAUGGUGUAUCUAAUUAAAACUUUUUUUGUAGCUUUAAGUAAUUCAAUCAAAACCACAUUCUGACUUUAUAAAAAUGCCCAAGUUAAGUUUUGCUGUUGUUUGCUCGAGUAACAUGAACAGAAGCAUGGAAGCACAUAGGUGUAUGAGUAAGCGAGGAUAUGCGGUUGAAUCUUUUGGGUCGGGAAAUCAAGUGAAACUGCCCGGCUCUUCUGCCGAUAGACCAAACGUCUACAGUUUUAGUACAAAAUAUGAUGAUAUUUUAACUGACUUGAAACAAAAAGACAGAAAUCUAUAUACACAGAAUGGCGUGCUAAACAUGUUGGACCGAAAUCGACGAAUCAAAGAUCGUCCACAACGGUUUCAAGACUAUGUUGGCCAGUUUGAUGUAAUUAUUACGUUGGAGGAAAGAGUUUAUGACCAAAUAAUGGAAGAUUUUAACACUCGAGAAUCCGAAACCAUGGAAGCAGUACACGUUAUAAACCUUGAUAUACAAGAUAAUCAUGAAGAAGCAACCAUUGGCGCAUUUGUUGUUUGCGAACUUUCGAAAAAGCUGGAAGGAUCCGACGACCUGGACAACGACAUAGACGAGUUACUACAGGAUUUCGAAGAACGGUCGAAGCGUCGAAUUAUACACUCCGUGCACUUUUAUUGACUCUAAUCUUUUUUCAUUCUUAAAUCUGCCAUAGUUUUCGUUAUUAGGUUGAUAGGCUACACACAGCUUGUAGCGUUUCUACCGACCAGUUUCAUCAUGUCUUUUUCAGAAGGUGGUGAAAUCACCUGGUUUUUAAGUACGAUGAAUAUCCUUGGUUUAGGUCGGACAAUUCCAGCGACAUCAACUUGGUCGUUACGGAACGACAAAGCUCCUUUUUUUGAACUUUUGAUUUCAGAGCAAUUCAAAACACUUUCUUUUCGUAUAUGCUGUAUUUUUUCGCUUCUUAAGUUAUUGUGUUUCAUUUUCCUCCAGUUUUUGAAUUGUCAAAUUCAAGCAAGAGUUCGACUGACACGCCUAUAGUUUGUAAUGUAAUGCGGCAGUAACAAAUGUAGGUGCACGGUCUUUUACAAACCGGUAAAUUUUGGUUGGACAGUGUACGUUAAUUUUGAAUUUAUUUAUUGCACGGGACUUAAUAAUUACUUGAAUAAAACACGUCUUCAU